CCUCACCACCAGGCUUCCUGUCUCUAGGUUUACAUACGUCUCUGCAGAAGUCACAAGCGCUCUCCUGGGUGGGCUCCUGGUUGCGGAGCACCCAGCCUUCACAUAGACACACCUGUGCGAGAAGCCGGAGGGGAAGAAAGACACAGGCCCAGGGGCCCUGCCCUUUGUGCGCGAAGGCCCAGGACCCUGCCUGCCUCAGCAAGGCCACAAUGAAUCAAGGAGCCGCUUUUAGGCACCUGCUCCUGGUGCUGCAGUUGGUGAUGCUCGAAGCAGCUGUCACUCAGGGAAAGGAAGUGGUGCUGGGGAAGGCAGGAGGCACGGCAGAGCUGCCCUGCCAAGCAUCCCAGAAGAAGUACAUGACCUUUACCUGGAGACUUUCUUCCAAGGUCAAGAUUCUGGAAAGUCAGCACCCCUCCUUAUGCCUUACAGGCUCCUCCAAGCUGAAAACUCGCUUUGAAUGCAAAAAAAUCCUGUGGGACCAAGGAUCCUUUCUUCUGGUCAUCAAGAGCCUUCAAAUCGCAGACUCAGGGAUUUACACCUGUGAAGUGGAGGACAAGAAAAAAGAGGUGGAACUGCUGGUGUUCAGCUGUGAGUACACGGGGAUACCACCUAGCCAGGCUGCCUCCCUCCCUGACUCCCAUUAGUGCCCCCAAACCAGGCCCUGAGCUAGUGGUACCUCAACAGUCCAGAGACGGGUCGGACUGGCCACCACAUCUCCUCAAAUCCUCCUCAGGCCUUGGGUC